GUCCUCAACGUUCCUACAGAUAAACGAGAAAAAUCACAAUACUUACCAAAAACUAAAUCAGAAGAUAACAAUGGCGAGCAAUAACAAGCAAGUCAUAUUGCGAGAUUACGUCGCCGGUUUCCCCAAGGAAUCAGACCUCGUCUUCAACGAUGCCACCGUGGAUCUAAGUGUUCUGGCGGGAUCUAACAAAGUUCUGGUGAAGAAUCUCUUCUUGUCCUGCGAUCCUUACAUGCGCAUUCGCAUGAGCAAGCCUGAUCCCUCCACUGCUGCUCUCGCUCUACCUUACAAGCCUGGCAAGCCAAUAUAUGGGUAUGGAGUGUCAAAAGUGAUAGAAUCAGGGCACCCUGAUUACACAAAGGGAGACUUACUUUGGGGUAUUGUGGGAUGGGAGGAGUACAGUGUUAUUACUCUAACUCCUUACUCACAUUUUAAGAUCCUACACACUGAUGUUCCCUUGUCCUACUACACUGGCCUUCUUGGUAUGGCUGGGAUGACUGCUUAUUCCGGGUUUUAUGAAAUCUGUUCUCCUAAGAAAGGAGAGACUGUCUUCGUCUCAGCUGCAUCUGGUGCUGUUGGUCAGCUCGUAGGACAGCUCGCAAAGAUUAUGGGAUGUUAUGUCGUUGGAAGUGCCGGCAGUAACGAAAAGGUUGAACUUCUCAAGAAUAAGUUUGGCUUUGAUGAAGCUUUCAAUUACAAAGAAGAGCAAGACCUUAACGCUGCCCUGAAAAGGUGUUUCCCGGAAGGCAUAGACAUAUACUUUGAGAACGUAGGAGGCAAGAUGCUAGACGCAGUGCUCCUAAACAUGAAGCUAAACGGCCGCAUCGCCGUAUGUGGGAUGAUCUCACAGUACAACCUGGAGGAGCAGGAAGGUGUACGCAACCUAGCAACCGUCAUCUACAAGCGAGUUCGGCUUCAAGGGUUCGUGGUCUCUGAUUACUACCACAAAUACUCAAACUUUCUGGAGUUUGUGCUUCCUUAUAUUAGAGAAGGGAAGAUCACGUACGUUGAGGAUGUAGCCGAAGGGCUGGAGAACGGGCCUUCUGCUUUGAUUGGACUCUUCCAUGGUAAGAACGUCGGCAAACAGCUCAUAGUGGUGGCUCGUGAGUGAUGACUGAGAGACGUUUUAGAGUUGGUUAUCAGCUGGAGAUGAGUUAAUUACGUUUUGUUGUAGUUGUUUUUAUAAGUUUAAGUUUGGCCUUAAGUGCUGUACUUCACUUUCGUUCUAAUAAUAAAAGCCUUCUGUGUUGUAGUAUUACUACUGUAUUAGUAUAUGAUUGCAUUUGAAUUUUUGUUA